AUGCUGCUUGCGGCCUUGCAUCUCACCCAUGCCGCCGUCUUCCCCCGCGUGAACCUGUCCGACCGCCGCGCUCUUCUGCCGAACGACGAGGACGCGCGCGCUGCCGCGGACGGUGAUAACCCAGUGAUCGUAAGGGAAACGGUCACCAUCCGAGAGGGAUGCACAGCGACGAUGGAGAAGCGGCAGGAUGAUAGCGGCAUCCCCGCCGAUGCCUUUGAGGGGCUCCGCUUGUCUUUCGUCACCGAGACCGAGACCGUGACCGCGUCCCAGACCCAGGAGCGCGCGACGGAGACUAAGACUGUGACGGUCAAGGGCGACACCGUCACGGAAACCAAGGAAGCGGUCACUGUGACACAGGUAGCGGAGGCGGCCCAGGCCGCUGAGCCCGCUGAGCAGCCGGUCGUCGUGAGCAAGGGCGCAACGAUCACCGCGCCAGGGUGCCUCGAGACCCCCGCGGCUGGUGAACCAGCAAGCUCCCACACACUGCCGAGUCCGGGAGGCGAGUCGGAUGCCGUCGAAGGAGGUGAUAAGGGGAUAGUGAUUGUCCCGCUUGACGAGACCAACGUGUCGAGGACGACGUUGACUUUUGAUCCUCUCGCCACGUCCGAACCUAGUCCGAGUCUCGAGGAUAGCACGAGUCUCGACGCUGGUGAACCUCCCGCUUCCGAGUUGCUUCUAGCAACGUCAGUCCCUGAAGAAGAAGAGGGAGGCGCGCCUCCUGUCACUGUGGUCCCUGCGCCGGCGGCCCCUGAGUCCACCACUGAGCCAACAACCAUUGCGUCCACCACUGAGUCAACAACCAUUGCGUCCACCACUGAGCCAGAGACUAUCGUGGAGACGGAGGCGCCCGUCGCAAGUGAACCACCAACGGCUGAGAAGCCUGCAGAGAGCGACUCAUCGGAUGGCGCAUCGGAUGGAGGAAAUGAACAGGAGAAGAACCAAAGUGACGGCGGCAACAACAACCUGCCUGAUCCAUCGGCCCCAGCUGACGAGGCAAACCAGGGUGAAGAAGUCGAGCUGCCCCCAAUCGACCUCUCGACAUACAGUCUGGAGAGUCAGCUCGACCUAGGUGGGUUGGUUCUCCGGACGGCGGGUCCAGAACCAACUCAGACAUAG